AUGAGGACAAGACGACAGCAGAAGAGGAAAACAGUUCAAGAUGAAGAGGAAGAUUCUGAUGAACCAGAGAAGAAGAAGAGGAGAAAAGUUCAACUCCUGAAGAGUAAAGGAAAGAAGGAAAAGAAGGAGACAAAAAAGCAGAAGGAGGGCAAAAAGGAAAAGGGGAAGAAGGAAGUGCUAGCCGAAGGAGAAGUCUUCAAUGUGAACAAGAGGGUCAGCAGAGACGAGAUGGAACACUUUCCAUUAUUUGGCAGCCCUUUAAAGAAGCAAGCUGUACUGAGAACAGAGGUGGAAGAAAAACGGGAUCUAAUCAAAGCUGGACCGUGGUCUGCGGACCUACGACUAGAUGACCUUGAGCUGGAUGAUGAGGAGCAGGACACCCCAAGCUUCGACAACUGGGUGCCUUAA